AUGGAUUUAAUCGAUAGUGAAACACUUUACUUCUUAUUAAAAAACAAAUAUGUUCUUCUUUGUGGUGAUUCGAUUAUGCGUUCUAUUUACAAGGAUAUUAUUCUGCUCAUUCAAGGACAAAACCGUUUAUUAACUACUGCUGAAUUAAAAGCCAAAUUAGAUGAUGUAGAUAUGUUAAAACUGAAUGAUCAAUUAUUAGCUGGAGACAAGAAGACGAAUGAUACAUCGUAUUAUGAAAAACGGUGUUAUUUGACCAAUACACAUUUCGUGAAGUUUGUCUUUCUCACUCGAUGUUUAAGUGGACAAAUGCGAAAUGAAUUACGUGAGAUUGAGGAGAAGAAAUCCAUUCCGCCUGAUGUAAUUCUUCUGAAUUCAGCUAUUUGGGACAUCACCAAGUACGAGCAAAACAGUGAGAAAGAGUAUGCACAAUAUCUCGAAGAAUGUUUUCGUAUCAUACGUUCAGUCAUUCCACCAAGCACAAUUGUCAUUUGGCUCACCGCAACACCUUUUGCCGAAGAUGCUCGCGGUGUUUUAGGUGAAACUCGUUUUGAAAAGAAACGCAUUCUUCGCAUUCGGAUCUUCGAUAUCAAUACAUUCUCAUCUGAAUUGGCUAAGAAGUACAAUUUUCAAGUGAUUGAUCUUCAUUAUCUUCUACGAAAAUGUGCGCAAUAUCGCUGUAAAGAUGGAAUGCACUAUGAAGCGUUAAUUCAUCGAGAAAUUACAACACACAUCGCUCAUUACAUCUCCUGUGGAAUGAAGAAGCAUUCCCAAGAUCAGUCGCAAGACAAUAAAGAUGAUCGAGCCAUUUGCGAUGACGUUCUUAAAACGAUGAUCGACAAAAUUGAUUAUCAAAUAUCUGCAUAUGAUAGAGAAAUUCUGGACAGGCGUCGACCGUUGAUCAUGGACUACGAUUUUAUGGGAAUUUUGAGCGCAAAAGAAAGAGAUGUUCUACAUUUAAUUGAUUAUUAUGAAAAUAAAUCAUUUGCAUAA